GACCAUUGACAUUUGAUACUAAGACGAUGGCGGCGAGCAAGUUUGAUUUGUGGUUAAUUGAUAAAUUGAGAUCACUAAAAACAGAUGAAAGCGUGUUCGGGUCUUAUAUAUCUGGUAUUUUGGAAGGCGAAGACACCGUCGAUGAAAAGAGAGACGCUCUAGAAGAUAUUCUGUCUGAGAUAGUUAAAAAAGACAUCUCGAUACACGUACAAGAAAUACUUGAGAAGUGGGAGGAAUGUCAACCGAAAAAAGAGGCUGCACAACCUGCAACAGAUGUCGAUAGCAAACUUGCCAAACUUCUCGAAUCCCAGACACUGGCCACUACAACUCGACGAGAAUACACAGACGAGGAAAAGAAAAUACGAGAAGCGAUCUUGUCUCAGUACAGUCAACUCUCUGACAAUGAGGAGGAUCAGGCGCAGGAAGAACAAAAUGAGAGUCCAGAUCUAGUCAAAAACACAAAUGCAUUAGAUGUGGCUGCUGCUGCGAGGGAGCGGAGGGAACAAGCACGUUUAGAUGCUCAGAAGAAGAAAGAAAAGGACAAAGAAGAUAGGGAAAAACAAAAACAGUUGAAAGAAGAAAAGAAAGAAAAGCGUAAAACACAGAAAGGGGAAAGGAAGAGGUAGCAAAAUAUAUGUUAAGAAUGAACCGAAAACAUUUUUUUAUUAUGGAUGAACCGUGCAACGUAAUAUCCUGAUAAUAAAUUGAUGAUAGUUUUUUUCCACAAGUAUUAAUCAAAUUUUGGAAUUGGAAUUUCAAUUGUAAUUGUUUUUAUUAUUUUGUUUUGAUUUGAUAGUUAAAUUGAUAAAUUGAAGAUUGACUGUUAUUUAGCGUCAGGACAUUAUUGAAAUAUUAAGGUACUACUUUAAGGGCUGCUUAGCUAUUCUUUGCAUGACUAUUUAGAAUUGCAGAAAAAUGUAGCCAUUGUCCAGAUAAUUACAAAAUGUCUACAAAUGU